UUGUACCUAUUCCUGCUUAUUGGUUUUGUUGUUGUUGUUUUUUUUUUUGCCUCCAGGGUUACUGCUGGGACUCGGUGCCUGCACUAUAAAUCUGCCACUUUUCCCAUUUUUGUUGUUGCUGUUGUUUUUGGAUAGGACAAAGAAACUGAGAAAGUGGAAGACUGAGAGGAAGAAAGACAGACACCUGCAGACCUGCUCCACCACUUGUGAAGUGAUCCCCCCCAGCAGGUGGGGAACCAGGGGCUUGAACCAGGAUCCUUGCGCUUUGUACUAUGUGUGCAUAACCCAGUGCACCACUGCCCAGCCCCUUAUUGUUUUUAAUGAUCAUUAUUUUAUUUGUUUACUUACUAAAUAGAGAAACUGAGAGAAAAGGGGGAGAGGGAGAGUGAAAGAGACACCUGCAACACUGCUUCACCAUUUGUGAAGCUUCCCUCCUGCAGGUGGGGAACAGGGGCUUGUUCAUUGUAAUGUGUGUGCCCUACCAGGUGUACGUACACCAUCUGGCCCCAUUCUGCUUGUUAGUGCUGUUUUUAAUAUAUCACAUGGGUUCUUCUAAGCACAGUUGUGAAGUAGGCAUUAUUUCCUUCAUUUUACAGACACCUUCAUGAGGAAACUGAAGUACAGAGAUAGUAAUUCCCAGAUCUGGGAUUGGAAAGCAAAUCUUGUGUUCUGUUGGCUCCCCCACACUUCCUGUCAUGCUGAGGAGAAAAGAAAUUGGGAAGUUUGCACAAACAACUUUGAAAUUAAGGCACUAUUUUCCGUUCUGUUCCCGAAGCUCAGCAGGAGCCUAGGAAAGACAGAGAGAGAAUUUGGCAUCUCUGGAUCUGCAAAGGUCAGAAGGGUGUGGAGAGCAGAGGCCAUUCAGGAGGUGAAGCAUCCCUGUCACCAGUGUCCUCCUAUCACUGAGUGGAGGGAGCUCCUCCCAGGAGCAUAGAGUUGUUACUGGCCUGGCACUCUCCAAGCACAACCAAGUGUGAAGGCUGGUGAGAAGAGCCUGUCCUUGAGGCUUUAGCAGGUGUCUCUCCUAUACCCUCCUGCCCUUCCCCCACCCCCAUAUUGGGAAGCCUAGGCCUGGGCUUGCCAUCCCAGGGUCACUAGACUAGGAUGGGGGAUGGGCCUGUGACAGGAGGUGCCCUGGGUGUCCUCUUCCGGCCCCAUGGAGUCCUCACCCAUCCCCCAGUCAUCCGUAAACUCUUCUACAUUGGGGAAGGUUCCUCAAACUCCAGGCCCCUCGGCAGCCAGCGGGGUCCCAGAAGUGGGGCUGCGGGACGUGGCCUCAGAAUCGGUGGCCCUCUUCUUCAUGCUCCUGCUGGACUUGACCGCUGUGGCUGGCAACGCUGCCGUAAUGGCCGUGAUCGCCAAGACCCCCGCCCUGCGCAAGUUUGUCUUUGUCUUCCACCUCUGCCUGGUGGACCUGCUGGCCGCCCUGACCCUCAUGCCUCUGGCCAUGCUCUCCAGCUCUGCCCUCUUUGACCAUGACCUUUUUGGGGAGGUAGCCUGCCGCCUCUACUUAUUCUUGAGCAUCUGUUUUGUCAGCCUGGCCAUCCUCUCCGUGUCAGCCAUCAAUGUGGAGCGCUACUACUAUGUGGUCCACCCCAUGCGCUAUGAGGUGCGCAUGACGCUGGGGCUGGUAGUCUCCGUGCUGGUGGGCGUGUGGGUCAAGGCUUUGGCCAUGGCUUCCGUGCCCGUUCUGGGCAGGGUCUCCUGGGAACAGGGGGCGCCCAACGUGCCCCCGGGCUGCUCGCUCCAGUGGAGCCACAGUGCCUACUGCCAGUUCUUCGUGGUGGUCUUUGCCAUCCUCUACUUCUUGUUACCCCUGCUCCUCAUCCUGGUGGUCUACUGCAGCAUGUUCCGAGUGGCCCGUGUGGCUGCCAUGCAGCACGGACCGCUGCCCACGUGGAUGGAGACGCCCAGGCAGCGGUCUGAGUCUCUCAGCAGCCGCUCCACCAUGGUCACCAGUUCAGGGGCCCACCAGACCACCCCACACCGGACGUUUGGGGGAGGGAAGGCUGCAGUGGUCCUUCUGGCUGUGGGCGGACAGUUCCUGCUCUGUUGGUUGCCCUACUUCUCAUUCCACCUCUAUGUCGCUCUGAGUGCUCAGCCCAUUUCAACCGGGCAAGUGGAGAACGUGGUGACCUGGAUCGGCUACUUCUGUUUUACUUCUAACCCUUUCUUCUACGGGUGUCUCAACCGGCAGAUCCGGGGAGAACUCAGUAAGCAGUUUGUCUGCUUCUUCAAGCCUGCUCCGGAGGAGGAGAUGAGGCUCCCAAGCCGGGAGGGCUCCAUUGAGGAAAACUUCCUGCAGUUCCUUCAGGGAACUGGCUGUCCUACAGAAUCCUGGGUCUCCCGACCCCUACCCAGUCCCAAGCAGGAGCCACCUGCUGUGGACUUUCGGAUUCCAGGACAGAUAGCUGAGGAGACCUCUGAAUUCCUGGAGCAGCAGCUCACCAGCGACAUCAUCAUGUCGGACAGCUACCUCCAUCCUGCUCCUUCACCUCGACCAGAAUCAUGAUGGGCAGCUGGACACCUGGAUGGGGAUGGGACUGGGGGUUGGUCGUGACUGCAAGGAUCACCUUGUAAGAUCAUCUUUCCCCAGCUAGCUGGGGCUGAGGCUGGGGUGUCUGCACAAAGCUUUUGCUGUGUUUUGUGGAUCGGGAACAGAGCCAGCAGGAGGGAUGUGUGGCAAAAGUCUUGGACAUGGCUGUGAUUCUUGACUACUGGGGGAGGGGACCUGGUGAGAUGGCGAUGAGAGUAAAGGGUCACAAAGGACUGGCCUUCCUGAUCUUUCUCCUCAUGGCAGUGACUCACCUCCAACCCCGAACAAUCGGGUACAAGAGACUAAGGUUGGGCAUGAGAAGGGUGGAGUUUCCAUGGCCCAGUAAAUGUCUCCUUACUUCCAUUCAUCGAUCUCAAAAUUAGCUUCAGUGACAAAGACAUAAAUUUCUCUCCUAUUAGCAACCCUGGGUUGGAGACAGGACACAGGAGUUAGGCUCAGUUGACUGAGACUGUAGAAAUUAUGUUGGUGGUUGGUAGUGGUAUUUUCAAGAUAGGGGAGUAAUUGUAAACUGGAUAGGACAUCCAUCUGGGGCUACCUGUCUCCAUCAUUUCCUUCAAGUGAAUCAAGUAACAUUUAAGUCUUGAGGCAGCACCAGAGGGUGGUGUGGUCUGUAUUUGGACAAAUUCCUUGCUUACUUACCCUUACUCAGUAUCAAAUGGGAAGACGGGUUGGCGGGAUAGUUUCCCUUUUGAAUAGCCAAUAAAUAUUUUUUAUUAUAAAAAGUCAUACUGAUAUCAACAUUGACUCCUUCAGUUCAAUUCAGUACAUAGCAGUUGUACACUCAAUAUUCUUGGGGACCCACAAAGGUUUAUGGUCACUACCUUUAAGGAGUUCAAGGUAUCUAGUCUCACCAGAUGCUAUGUAUUUUUAGAGUAUUUACAUCUGGUAAAGCUCUAGAACAUGUGUUUGAGAAAGAUACUGGAGAAUAUGUAUGACUCUGACUUUUGAGAAUUUGGUUCACUGUAGUAAGAUACCUACAGGAAACCUUGCUGCAGAUUGUGGCAAAUGUGGGAGGUUGUAAAUGAAACCCUAGUUGAAGAAAAGAAUGUGUUAAGUGAAACAGCCUUCCCCUUUAGAUCUAGGACUAUGCCUGGGUUUGUCUUCCUAGCACUAGACUUACUUCAGUCUAGUGCCCAUUACACUGAGGAAACCUCUUAAAUAGUACAUAUACCUAAGAGAGUCUUGUGAUACAAAAAUAAGGACUUUUUCUCUCUCCUCUCCCUUAGAAGAUCCACCUGGAAUAAAGGAAUUUCAUCCCUAGAUAGGGGAAAAACUUGCAAACACUGCUCAUCAGCUAGGAGGCCCUGAACAUUGCCAGCAGGUGGCAGUGUGAGUUCAAGGAAACUAGGAAAGGUGCAAGUACGUGGGGG